UUGAUACUUUCCCGUUUUCCUCUUAGACUCUUUCUUAAAGUCGAUCGUAGCCUCCCAUCUCCUGUCCGUCCACCCCUUCAUUUUGGAAAACCGUCUAAGGCCAAUUGACUAAGUUCGCCCGGGCGUCACCCUCUUCGUUUGAAUCGUACAGCCGAGACAACAGGCCGAGGCCAUAAGUACCUGGUCAGCUCCGAGGAUCUGCGAUCACCCACACCUCCGGCGACUUUUCCUGCUUUUCACUCUUCCUUCCCCUGACUUCUUUUCGAGUGAUCUCGCGGUUGUCUACACUUUGCAUCUUUCAUCAUGUCGUCGAUUGCAAGGGCUAUGCGCCCUGUCAUGAGGGGAAGCCGCGGUGUCUCUGCUCUCGCCAGAGCUAGGACAUGCACACCGGGCAGAGCAUUCUCGCCACUCCAGCAGACCGCCAGACCUCUCUCUACCACUCAGCGCCGCCGCAAUGCCGACCACCUCGACAUCACCGACAUCCCUCCUACGCCCAUCAGCCAUCUCUCCGAGGUGGAGGCCGCCAUGCAGGAGACUGUGAGCAAGUUCGCCAACGACGUGAUCGCGCCCAAGGUGCGCGCGAUGGACGAGGCCGAGAACAUGGACCCGACCAUUGUGGAGCAGCUCUUCGAACAGGGUCUUAUGGGCGUCGAGAUCCCCGAGGAGUACGGCGGCGCCGGCAUGAACUUCACGAGCGCCAUCAUAGGCAUCGAAGAGCUCGCGCGAGUGGACCCCAGCGUCAGCGUGCUCGUCGACGUCCACAACACCCUCGUCAAUACCGCCAUCAUCAGAUGGGGCAGCUCCCAGCUCAAGAAGCGCUUCUUGCCCAAGCUCGCCACCAACACUGUCGGCAGCUUCUGUCUGAGCGAGCCCGCCAGCGGCUCCGACGCCUUCGCACUGACGACCAAGGCGACCAGGACGGAGAGCGGCUACAAGAUCAGCGGCUCCAAGAUGUGGAUCACAAACUCCCAGGAGGCCGGCUUCUUCAUUGUCUUUGCGAACCUGGACCCCUCCAAGGGGUACAAGGGCAUCAGCGCCUUCAUCGUCGAGAAGGAUGCCAAGGGCUUCUCCAUUGCCAAGAAGGAGAAGAAACUCGGCAUCAAGGCCAGCAGCACGUGCGUCCUCAACUUUGACGACGUCGAGAUCCCAAAGGAAAACCUCCUCGGCGAGGAGGGCUCCGGUUACAAGUAUGCCAUCGGUAUCCUGAACGAGGGCCGCAUCGGCAUCGCUGCCCAGAUGACCGGUCUUGCCCUCGGCUCCUGGGAGAAUGCCGUCAGGUACGUCUGGAACGACCGCAAGCAGUUCGGCCAGCUCGUCGGCGAAUUCCAGGGCAUGCAGCACCAGAUCGCGCAGUCGUACACCGAGAUCGCGGCCGCGCGGGCUCUCGUCUUCAACGCGGCGCGCAAGAAGGAGGCCGGUGAGAACUUCGUCAUGGACGCCGCCAUGGCCAAGCUGUACGCCAGCCAGGUCGCCGGCCGCGUCAGCGGCCUCGCCAUCGAGUGGAUGGGCGGCAUGGGCUUCGUCCGCGACGGCCCCGCCGAGAAGUUCUGGCGCGACAGCAAGAUCGGCGCCAUCUACGAGGGCACCAGCAACAUCCAGCUCAACACCAUUGCCAAGCUGCUGCAGAAGGAGUACACCGCAUGAAUGCCGUGCUUUCUUCCUUGACAUAACCCUUUGUUUGAGUGAGGGGGGAUACUGGCGAAAUUGGACGGAUCGUGUAGAUUGGUAGACGGAGUUUUGUAAAAGAGCGACACGAUUCGGUGUUGAGGCGUCUUGCCUCGAAACAUGGCUACUUUACUCGCUCUUCUGGAAUACUCGCGUGAUUGCCCGAACAGGUCUCGCGUAUCGCGUGAACGAGAUCUAGCCGACCUGAUGUCGGCAAUGCCGCUGCACGGGAGUAUCUGCCGAUGACGUGACUCCCCCCCUGUCGCGCUCAUUCUUGC